AUGGACAUCGCGAGCGACAAAACCCCGCCAGAUCCACGACUCACAAUGGGCGAUCUUCAGCAGCCUCCUCUAGAUCCUUUUCGAGUACACGAUCAGAUGCAGACACCUGAGAUUGAAGCACGUCAGAGUGAUCAGCUCACUCCAGAACUCGAGGAUAGCGCGGACCAAGAGUGCGAUGCCAACGGAAACGGAAUGCUGAGAGACAAGUUUCCUGGUUCUGCCACUACACCAGAAGAGGAUCCAGGUUCUGAAGCAGAGUCUAGUGUAGACCAGAACGAGCAACUCGUGGUCAAGCUGAAGUACAGCACCAAGACAAAGACCACCAACACGUCCUCUUCACCAGACCACCAAAGGUCCGCUAAUGGCACUUCAGUUUCCCAGAAGCUUGGCACAAUUUCGAAAACCAUUUCCGAUUGCCUGAAACUUUGCCCAGAAUGGGGAACCAUUUCCAAUCCUUCCAGCGGAAGUCCUAUCGUCAAACAAGAGAGUGGACAUCAUCGAUACACUGCAUCCCCGGAUUCGAAGACGACCGACCCACAGAUCAAGAUCGAGAAGGACGAUGAUCAAGCUUUGGUUCCGACCCCACUCAGUAAGCCUAUGGAAGAGUCAGGUCAGGUCAAGGUCAUCAAGGAUGAGCUCGAACAUGACGCACGUCAACAGAUACAUGAUCCCCACCAAGGUUUUGCUCAAAAUGAUAUGGAUGUUGAUGCUCAUCCUGCAAACGGUACUAUGCAUGUUCCGGCCAACGACAACACCUUCAACAAGUCCUUGGAUAUCGCUGAUACACAGGCCGCUGCACCAGAGCCUACGGCCGUCGACGAGCGUAGUGCUGAUGACGUGGAUGGUGAAUAUCAGCAGAGCGAGAGCGCAUCACCAGAAGCUGCUCGUGGUGAAAAUACCGUGUUUAACAACGACGAAAACACCUCUAAUGGUACUGAUUCACAGGAGUGGUCCCCAAGCGCUAUCAACAAACAGCACAAAGGCCAUCCAGCGAUCGAUCAUCAACUUGUACCAUCAGGCUUCACAUCUGAUGAGAUGAACGUGCAGCAACAAGACCAGGUCAAGCAAAUUCCGCAUAUCUUCGGUACUGGCCAACCUGAUCUUGGCGUUCAGGAUGUAUGGAGUCAGCCUCACCCCAACUUUCCGGAUCCGGUUCACCUCACUACUACGUCGUCUUCACCUCGUCAUCAGGACUCACGUGUUUCGAACCCCAACAUCACUUUGGAAGGUAUCUCGCAGUUCCAAACAACGCAACCCCAUCAUGUCUCCCUACAGCCUUCUGAUCAAUGCAACCAACCCAACUUCGGUCUCAGCUUCAGUCGUCAGCAACAGCUUCAGGCACAGAUCGAAAGGCAGAAGAAGCAGUUAGAGGACUUCAGGAAACAGAACGAAGAGUGGUCGCAACAGUCUCAACAGUCACUUCAUGGGUUCGGCUAUCCUCAGAGGCAAUCGAACGCACCUCCAUCGUUUAUUACGGGCCCUCUGACUUACCAACGCGCACCUCAAUUCAGCAGCCAGCAGGUUCCAAACGGACUCAGCAGUCCCGGAUUCCCACAAUCGGCUUCAACUACAGUCCCCUAUAGUCAAAUGCCACUGAACAUGUCUUAUUGCCUCAAUCCAGCAUCACUAUACAAGAGUACGACAAAGAUCUCAGCGCCUCCUAGCUUGAACACCCGGGUACUAGGGCCGUAUGCUCCCCAGGGCCCUAAAGAGACGCCGAAGAAGAUUCCGGAUGAGAACCACUCUAGCGACGAAGGCGAUGCUUCCGAUGACGAUGAGCCUCUUCAAAGCCGAGUGAAGCGUCACCCAUCGGUCACUAGCAGCCGUGAUUCUGUCAUUGGUAUGUCACCUCUACUUACAGCGUCCAACGGGAUUGCACGACAUCCACGACAGAAUAAUGACUCUGAUGUUGAGUUCGUCACAAGCACGUCUAAGCCAAAAGAUGCUACACUCAAGGCCAAUCAGAACCAAGUACAUAAGUCACAACCUGCCUCCGUUCCCACCAAGAACGCUUCACCUUCCUCGGAAAGCGCCGAAGAAAUUGACUGGACCCUUCCUCAAUACGAAGUCCAACGCCAACCCCUCGCGAAGGGCGAAGACAUCCCCAGCGCCAAAGUUUCCCUACCCGGCCUGGUCCGUGAAGAGAUCCUCUUAUCCCCAGACCACGCGGACGAAGAAGUCCAUCUCCUGAUGAACAUCUUCAUACCGAACCAGCGCGCCCUUCCUAACCCCGAUCCCGAACCUGCAAUCGCCCUCCUCAACUUCCACACCAUUGCCGUCAUGGUGAUAGAAGCGUACGUGCAAUACGAAAUCGGCGACGAGUUUGGCACGGGACGCGGACACUUCCAUACUGAGCACAACCGCGGCGAAGCAGAAUACGAGCGUAUGCGCGACGCGGUCGACGCGGAUACCAACGAGAUCUUCUUUGCGGUUGUGGAUCGGUACAGAGCAGGGUUGGAGAGCAAGAAGAAACCGUUGCAGCUUAUCAGGGGUACGCAGGAGUUCUGUGACUUGGCGCUAGACUUGAUCUUCUACAUUAAAGAUCACGGAUUGCUUAGGCCGGAACCGAAAUCCAAGGCUGCUAGGGCGGAUAAGGGUGUUAAGAGGGGGCCGAGGGGUGGGGCAAAGGCUGAUGAAGCGAAGGGCAAGGGGAUUAAGAGGGGUACGACUGCGAAACCUAAUGAGGUACAGCCGAGGAAAAAGGCGAAGACUGCGCCGGUGUUGGAGGUGAAGAAGAAGAGGUCGAAGCCAAAGACUUCGGGGAUUACGGUUCUAAGAAGGUAA